UCACUUCCUCUUUAGUGAUAUUCAUUUCAGUAUUGCGCUACCAGUUCUGACCGACACGUUGCUUCGGAAUUCGUUGUUCGAUGUUUGUGUUAUUUAUUGGGGCAAUUUAAUAUUGGUAAAUCGCUGGGAUCGUGUCUUCUGUCGAUUCGUGUGUCUCUAUUAGUGUGGCCGAGUGCCGGUGGCGACGUUCAGUGAUGGGUACGACGGUGGAGGACAUCUAUCAGGAGAUCAAGGAGCUGAACAUGAGUUUCAGGAAGUCCUUGGAGGACGAGUGGAAGGAGUACUGGCAGUGUGAGCAGUCCAUUGCCAGCGCCCGAGCUAGUGUUAUGAUCUACGAUGAUAUCAACAAGAAAUGGGUUCCCUCAGGGACCUCUUCCGGUCUCUCCAAAGUUCACAUAUACCAGCACACAGUACAACAGACGUUCAGGGUCGUCGGUAGGAAGUUACAGGACCACGAGGUAGUCAUAAAUUGUGCCAUUCUGAAGGGAUUGAAGUAUAACCAAGCGACGGCCACGUUCCAUCAGUGGCGGGACAACAAGCAGGUGUACGGAUUGAACUUCAGCUCAAAGGAAGAUGCCGAUCAGUUCGCUAGGGCGAUGUUCCAUUCCCUGGAGAUCCUCAGCAACAUAGUCCGACAGCCAAACCCCCAGUACGCCCCGCCCAUCCAACAGCAGCAAUAUGCCCCGCCCAUACAACCCCAACAGCACACCCAACCCCCUCAACCGCCCCAGCACCAGUACGAAGAAGACAUCGGCUACCGCACCAUGACCCAGGAAGACCUCGCCGCAAUGCAGGAACGUCGGAUAUCUUCCGCCUACGCUUCCCCCCAACAGCAGCAGCAGCAACAGCCGCCGCAACUGCAGCAGACCUCGCCCAUGGCGCCCCAAAACAGCGUGCCCCCAGCGGCCCCGCAGCUGCCCCCCGCGAACCACAUGGCCCCCAGUCCGGUGUCGCCGCCGUCCAUGCAGACCGGCGGCCACCAGAGGACGGUCAGCGCGCCGCCAGCUCCCCCGCCGCCCCCUGGCGGCGCACCGCCGCCGAUGGGCGGUCCGCCGGCCGGGCCACCCGGUCUGGCCCCGCCGCCACCGCCGCCGUUCCCCAGCAUGACCAGGUCGCAGAGCAGCGGGGACAGCGAGGUCAACUCGUUGGCGGCGCAGCUGCAGAACGCGAGGCUCAAGAAGAAUAAGACUGCACAACCCCCACCACCAACGGAAAACAGUGGGUCUUCGACGAGCAGCGGCGGUAGCAGUAAUUAUGGCACUUUGGGCAGAGCCGCUGGUAGUAGUAUGGCAUCUAUGAUGGACGAAAUGGCCAAAACGUUAGCUAGGAGAAGAGCACAGGUGGAGAAGAAGGACAACAAAGUCGUCGACGAGGAGGACAAGAAGGCCGCGAUCUGGGAAAAGACGAACACCCUGCCGGCCAGCUCGUCGAAGCACUCGAACGCCGAGUCGCCGAAGAGCAUCAGGAAACGCUUCGGCUCCGCCUCCGAGGAGACGAUCAAGGUGAACGGACUGAGCGACAUGGGUCUCGGUCCGACCGAGCUGGAGAGCAUCAAGGCCGAGCUGAUCAGGGAACUGAGGAAGGACGUGAACAAGAUGAAGGAGGACAUGAUGGAGGGACUGAGGAAGGAUUUCAACAAGAUGAAGCAGGAGAUCAUAGAGGCAAUCAAAUCAGAGCUAAACCGGAGGUAAUUACAAUUUUUAUUUGUAACCUAGAAUAGUAUUUAUUUUACUAUAAGUUGUAAGACCCUCGACAAGAACACUUCUUGCCGCCGCUUUCUCCAUUGGUCAAAGAUCGUGAUUGUGAGAUGGCGUUGUUAUAUUGAAUUAUUAUUGUUAGAUCGACAGCCAGUGUUUUUACAACUAUCGGAGCAAGGAGUGUUCCUGUACGCGGGUCGUAAAUGUAUUUUUUAUUGAUUCCUAUAAAUAUUUUUUGAUAAUGUUAUUUUUUUUUCUUCCUUUUUACGACAAUCUUUAUGAUUUCCACCGUUCUCUCAACCAAGUGUUGUUAUGAAUCCAUCGGAUUAAAACAAGAGAAUAUAUCAUCCAUCGUCUUCAAUUUUUCAUGCGAAAAUAUACCGAUCAAAACAGCGGUCCACGCAAAACGCACCUCUGGUUGUUAGAUAGUCUAGCCAAAUAAAAGAGAGGACUUCCAAAACGCAAAUUUUGUCUCGUUAAAAUGCUCGUUCUCCAAAGAGUGGGCCUGUCUGGACUGAUAAUUUUUUAUAUAAUGGUGUUUGAAUAUGAAGCAGCCCCGUUGAUAUGUGAUUUUUUCCGGAGAAUCGUCACAUUUUUGCAUCAUGCUCAAAAAAUGGUAACAAUGCCAACUGUUCAAUAACUUGAGAAGGAAGUUUUGAGCCUGAUACAAACAUGUGACGAUUCUUCUUCAUAUGAGCGUUGUAACGAACCAGAAUUUACAACAGGCCGUUUUUGUUGAACAGUGAGAAUAUGACCACGUAUAUAUAGAAACUGCUAGUUGCUUAAACUGAAUAGAUUAGUGUCAAAUCAUAUAUACAUCGAAAAAUAUGUCAUUAACCCAUCGUUCAUGUUUUUUAGACUUAACAAUGUAAGUAUGAUUGAAGAAAAAGGUAUUGUUAUAUUUGCAUUUGAAAUUUGUCGAUUGUAAACUAGUCUUUUUUUAUUGUAAACAUCCCAAAGAGAGUAUAAAAUUUAUAAUGUUAGUUUCUAAGUGAACCUGAUUGUAUUUCCAAAAUUUGGAAUGAGAUGAUACUUUCCAUUUUUUAAGUUAGGUUUUUUCGAAAUGAUGUGCUUUGAAUACAACUUUUUUUAAUUACUGACUACUUUUUUUUCUGGGUGUUGAUCCCAGUGAAAUCCAAUCUCUCUGAGUGGAAUAUGGUAAGUAUGAAAAGAAUGUCAACCGACUCGAAUAUCGCAGAAGUAAAUUUUUUGGAAACAUCUCAGGGGUGAAAAUAUUUCAAUAUCUUUUUCGGAUAUUGUUAGGCUGAAAGUUGUAAUUUUUAUUACAGAACUGGUUAAAUUUAAAGCGGUCCCAAACAGACAAGUUUAGGGUAAAAAUUUCUACAUACUGAUCUACUUGUGUAAAAUAGGAUCAGUAGUUUUAAUUAAUCUUAAUAUUUAAUUAAUUGAUAAUGAACGUAUGAAAAUAACUUUGUGAUAUUGUAUUUUAAUUGUAUUUCAGUUAACGCAUUUAUUGAAGAAGAAACCUGUUGCACAGGUUUCUCGAAAGUAUAUUUCAAUUGUGAUCUCAAGUCAAAAUUGCACAUUUUAUUCUUAUUGUUUUAUAUAUUAAUAUAUCGAUUUGUAACUUUAUUUUAUUUAUAUCCAGUAUUUCAAUAAACUUUUGAAAUGUA